AUGUCAGGAGGUGAUUAUGAUAAUCAAAGAUCACCUGAUCGUCGUUCACGUUCACGUUCAAGAAGUCCGAAUCGUCUUUCACCAUCACAUAAUAAUCAACAAGCAUCAUCACAACGACAUUAUCAUAGAUCAUCUUCAAGAAGUAAUAAUUCAUUUAAUUUUCAUGAUAGAAGAAAUAAUCGUUAUCAAUCAAGUCAUUCGUCAAAUAAUAAUAAUUCAUAUGAUCAUCGUAGUAAUACUGGUGAUCGACUUAGUCAAACGGUUAAUUUAUAUUCCGAUCGUGAACUUGGAUUAAAAUAUCGAUGGGAAAAAACAGUUCAUGUAUCUAAUAUUCCUUAUGAUAUGAGAUGGACAGCAUUAAAAGAUUUAUUUCGUACUGAAGUUGGUGAAGUCAUGUAUACAGAAGUAUUUGAACGAGAUGGAAAAUCACUUGGUUGUGGUUCUGUUGAAUUUCGAACUGUUGAAGAAGCUAAACGUGCUGUAGAAAAAAUGCAUCAAUUUGAAUAUGGUGGUCGAAAAUUAGCAGUUAAAUUGGAUGAAGAAGGUUUUCGAACACGUCGAGCUAAAUAUCAAUCACUUGAAGGACGUCUAUCUCAAAAGGGUAAUGUACUUCAUCAUCAGAGUAAUUUAUCAAAUCAAUUUGGUGGAGGCGAUGGAAAUACUGGUAGUCUAUCUCGUUCAUCUCAAAUAGCAGGUCUUAAUAGUGUAGGUGUCUCACUUUCGGGUUAUUCAUCUGUUUCUGGCAUUCCACCAUACAUUUUACAACGAUUAGGUAUUGAAGGACCUAUUACAAAUAAAGUGUUUGUCGCUAAUCUCGAUUUUAAAUGUGACGAAAAGAAAGUUCGUGAUGUAUUUUCCUUAGCUGGUCGUAUUCGUGAUGUAACAUUAAAACGCACAAAAGAAGGUCAAAGUCGUGGUAUGGCUAUUGUUGAAUAUGAAUAUCCAUUAGAAGCUGUACAAGCUGUAUCAAUGUUUAAUGAACAACAAUUAUAUGAUAGAAUAAUGGCUGUUAAAAUUGAUUUGAAAGAUGAAGGAAAAGAUGAUGGAAGACCAAUGAAAUUACCAAGUGGUUUGAAAUCUAUUGGUGUUGGUUUAGGUAUUGCUGGAAAUCCAUUACGAGCAGCUAAUGUUAAUCAACUUGAACCACCAAUGCCACAAAUAAAUCAAAUAAAUUCAAAUCCAAUGCAAAAUAUAACACCAAAUGUAUCAGAUUAUAUGAAUCAUAGUGAUUUAACAGCUUUACAAGCACUUUCACAAUUAUCACCAAGUGCUAUUAGUGCUUUAACACAAUUAGCUGCAAGUGGUUUUACAGGACUUAAUUCACUUACUGGACUUCAAUCAACAAACUCUGGUUUAGGUUCAUCAUCAUUAAAUGUUGAUCCAUAUUCAAAUUCCAAUUCAAUUUAUUCAUCACUUGCUGGUGGAUAUUCAAAUUAUCAACAGUCAUCUGGUUUAACUGGAACAUCACAAUUAUCAUCACAAUUAUCAGGCUCAUUCUACAAAGAUGACGAUGCACGUUUGGGUCAAACAGCACCUGUCGGAGUAUCAACUGUAUCAUCGGUUCGUACACAGCCGACAUCAUCAUUUGCCGGUGGUCGAAGUGUAUUGGGUACCGGUGUUGGUGGCGUCGGUGGUCUUGGUUCAUCUUUGAGCGCAUAUUCGACAUCGAAUACUAGUACACAACGUUCCGUUGGAGGUGUACUUAGUAAUACUGGUGUUGCCGGUCCGAACGCCAGUGUUUAUGACCGUGCACGAGGACGUUCGCCAUAUCGUUGA